GGAAUGUCAACUCCUAACAAAGCAAUGUUGCAUUCAAAUAGAAGAUCGCUUAAAAUUUCAAAAUUUCCUUCACUUAAAACUAAAACAACAACACAACAAAUGCAGAAGAUAAAAGGAACUAUCAACAACAAAGCUCCUAAGAUCCCUCUACAUCUGAUAGAACAACGGAAGAAGGCUCAGAUAAAACUUGAAAAGACUCAGCAGAUCCAGAGAGAGAAUAGGAUAAUGAUGCAAUAAAAAUGUUAUUGAUCGAUAUGAAAGUGGGCAGUGAACUACAUCCGAAAAGAAUAAAGAAAACCCUUCCUCCCAAGCCACCUGGAAAAACACUUAAUCGAGCGAGACGAUAUGAGGUUUUGGUCAAGAUAAAUGAAGAGAACAGGCAUAUUAUGAGCAGACUUCAGAAUGCUAAAAGUGUGUAUAACGUUAAUAAGUGGGAGAAAGAAAGGAAAGAGCAUAAUAGAAUGGUCAAACGUCUUUCUUCUACUAGCGGAAGAGUCUCUACCCAUCCUCAUUUUGCAUCAAAUGAUAAAUUUAAAGAUUCUUGCAAAAGAAGAAGAAGACCGAAAAGCCAGAGUAAGGCAAAAUUAGAUUAUGAUCCGAGAGUAACCAUUGCUAAAAGACCUAAAAGAAAGAAAAGGAUUAUCAGGCUGAAACCAAAAUAUACUGUAAACGAUAGUCUAAAGAACUCUUCCUUCCAUAAGCGUGAUGAUAUGGCUAAUACUCACGAAGGCUCUCUUGAUAAUAGAAGUUAUGACCGGAGUCCGAUCAAUUUGAACACAAAGUUUUCAGGAGAAACUAUAUAA